AUGACUAGCAAAACAACUAGCACAACAAACAAUAUAGCUCAGGCACGAAGAACUGUACAGCAGUUAAGAAUAGAAGCUUCUAUCGAAAGAAUAAAGGUGUCAAAAGCAUCAGCAGAUCUCAUGUGCUAUUGUGAAGAACAUGCCAGGAAAGAUCCUUUACUAAUGGGCAUACCUGCUUCUGAAAACCCUUUCAAGGAUAAAAAAACAUGCAUUAUAUUGUAG